GAGAGCAGAGUGCCACACAGAGCAUCGCUGUGUGAGCGUGUCCCAGGUAGAAUUAUUGUUAUUCUAAGAUGAUCCUGCUGCUCGCUCUGCUUUCUGUUCUCUCUGGAGAACUGGGUCUGUGCCUGGAAGAGGAUGGAGGCUUCACCUUUGAUGGAGACAUCCGCCAAUUUGCCAUGACCUCCAACACACUUUACAUCGCCACAGAAGAGAGGCUGUACCAGCUGAGCCACGACCUGACUCUGAUCAACAGUCUGACCCAGAGAGGAAUCUUAAAGACCGGAAACCAGCAGGAUGAUGUGCAGUUUUAUCGGGUUUCUGACACAGCUGAGUGGAACGCAACUUUCAGCAUCAACGUGUUGUUGCCUUUCACAAAGAAUGACUCUCUGAUUAGCUGUGGUGUGACUGACGAUGACUGCGGUCACUGCGAGGUUCUGGACCUAAAGAACAUCUCCAACCUUCUGUACAGAGAACAGAUCCAGGUGGGGCCUCUGAAGAGCAGCAGCAGGUCAGUCAGCUUUCUGGUGGAUGUGAAGAAGAAAACUCAGACUGACACUUACAUUCUGACCGCGAUCCAACAAAACAAAGAACAGUAUGAAAACGACAAGUGUGGUAUUAAUCAGCAGACUGUCAACCUUCAAGAUACAGAUAACAAACAGGGUGGAGGUAUAUUUUCUCUAACUGAUGGCGCUUCAGGCACACCUGGGAUCAAAAGUAAAGGUGAUGUGGAGUUUGUUGACGGGUUUCAGAUUAAAUCAACCAUCUAUCUGUUCUCCAACGUGCUCUCAGCUCAAACAAACAGAGUCCGUCUCAUUUGGCUCGAAGGCGAAAAAAGCAAAACUGAUACACUCAAGUCUCUGCGGGGCGCGACUCUCAGUGUCUCUGACAGUGAAAGCAGCAGACUCGUGGCCUCCUCGGUCAUCCCGGGGGAGCAGCCGGUGCUUUGGAGCGGCGUGUUCAGUGUGGAUGGAGGAGACACCAACACCGAGCUGAUGGUGUUUGACAUCAGCCCUGAUUACAGCAGGAACACCGACAGAGAUCCAGACUUCUACACCUCUGUGCCAUCAGAAGUGACGCCAAAGAUCCUGAAACCAAAGGCAGUCAUCGUCAGGCAAAGCUACAUGACCUCAGUGCUGGCAGUGAGGCAGAAUGCCUGGAUGGUUUUCUACAUUUGGACAGAAGAUGGGCUGCUCAUUAAGCUGUCUGUGGACAGGAAUUAUCACGCUGCCUGUCCCACGGUGCUCUACAGGACCAGUGAUGACCGCAAAGUGUUUCUCAAAUUACAUCUGGAUCCAGUGGAUCAUAAACAUGUGUAUGUGCCAUUUAGAAACCAGAUGAAGCGAGUUCCUGUGUCAAACUGCAGCAUGUACACAAAUGUGCAGGAGUGUUGGUCUGCACAGGAUCCAUACUGUGGUUGGUGUGGCUCUAAAAGCAGCUGCACAUUUGAAGAUGACUGCACAGAUUUGGACUGGCUGUCCAUUCCUGAUGAGUCCCAACACAAAAUGAUUUCCCACAAAGUUGAAAAGGACACAAACGGACAGAUCUCACUGAAAAUCCACACACACCUGACUGUGAGCCAGAAAGUGUCGUCUGACUUCACCUGCCAGUUCUCUGCAAUUUCUGGCCACCUUUGUAUUGGGAAUAACCCUCCACGGUUCCCCCAAUGCACCUGCUACCUGUCUGAUCACACACUUCCUCCUGAUGGCCUGCAUGUCACAGUAAAGUUUAGAUUUGGAAAAAUACUCCUGUUAGAACAAGUGAAAUUAACCAACUGCUCUGACAUCCAUGGACCUCCAAAUUCUAUCUUGUGUCAGCAGUGUAUCAAGGCUGGUUGUGGUUGGAGCAGAAACAGCUGUUCCUGGGCUAACCAAGGAGAGACUGAUGAAAGUGUUUGCCAAAAGUUGGAGUCUGGGAAGAACUUUUCUAUCCCAGAGAUCUUCUCCAUCACUCCCAAUGUGGUGUCGUUAUAUGGCACAAACCAUGCUGUGUUAUUAGGUCAUAACCUUGGUGAUGUGUCAGGAGUGAGGAUCCAGACGCACGCUGACUGUCCUCCAAAAGAGUCUCCUGUUUGGGACAACACUGGUGUCAGUGUGACGUUCCACAUUCCCAGCACAGAUAUCAAAGGUGUGGCCAACGUAUGCGUUCUCCUCCCAGAUGGUAGUUGCCACGGCGAAGCUAACAUCACAUACUUGUCAUCACCAUCCUGUACAAACGCUACUCCAAGCAGCAGCUGGAUAAGUGGGAACAGGAAGAUCACAGUCAGAGGGUCCCACCUGAAGUUUGUUGAAGGCGUUGUACACAGCCAUGCCAUGCAGGAAGUCGCACUUCCUAAAAACAGCAGCUAUCAGGUGAGUCUCACCUAUGACUCACCUUCAGCUGAAAACAGUCCUGGGAUUUCUAGCAGCACUGUGUUUUUGAAAGUAGCUAAUCAAACCUUGGCCUGCUCCACAAACAUGUCCUACUAUCCAGACCCUGAGUUUAUCAGCUUCACAGCCACAAGAACAGGAAACAGUGUUCGCAUCACUAUACGGAAAAAGGCAGACAAACUGGAGAUGACAACAACAGAAUUAUCAGUGUGGGGCGUUCAAGACAGUAAGGAAUACUGCUGCAUCGUGGAAACAAACAAAACCAGUGAUGAGACUCACUCUUUCACUUGUGAGGUUAAAAACCCACCCGACGUGGAAUUUCAGCUGUUGUUGAUAAAGUAUGGUAACAGGACCGUAAGCCUCAGUAAGCCUCAGCCUUCAUCACAUCUUCUAUUGCUGCUUUUGCUGUUGAUACCCUGUGUUAUUGCUGUGCUGGUGUUUAUGUAUCUGUGGAGGAAGAGACGUGCCACAGAAAUAACAUUUAAAGUUUCUUUCCUGUCUCUGCUGGCUGACUGACAAUCUUCACGGAGUUGCUGUACUAAAAGUUGAUUUUUCCAGUUGUUAUAUAUUUUUUGUAUUUUCAUAUAUUUUUCAUUAGUCAUAUAAACAUAAAACUAAUUAUGGCUUUUCUUGAAAUGUUGAAUUAUUUUGUUCAAGCAGUAUCCCAUUAAAGAUUUUUCUGAUAUCUA